AUGGAGCUGGGACGCUCGCCUCAUUUAGAGACCGAGCGCAAAUCAUCACACAAGACGAAGAAGCGAAAACAUGCCGACUCAGAACAAAAGACGUCGAGCAAGAAGCGGAAAAAGCAGCUCGACUCAAACCUCCACCAUGUCCUCGACACUCCCUCCAAGAUCCCCAAAUCCAAGACGAAAUCUCAAUCAUUCAAUGAUGCAGUGCAAUCACCUCCCUCCUCGCCACCUGUGCGCGCAACGCUCCCAGACCCCGACCACGACAUCUCCAUCACCGACGCACCCCCAAUAACCAAGGGCUCCUUAACCCCUACCUCCUCCCCGUUCCACAGCACAACCUUAUCCCUCUACCUCCCCAUCCCCGCCAUCGCCCUCUCUCCAAACACCGCCCUCCCCGCCAUGCUAACCACGCACAUGACCCCCCUCCUCCUCAGCUACUACCCGCCCCUCCGCGGCAUCGUCCUCUCCAUCAGCAACCCGAUCCUCUCCUCCCAAAAGCCCUUACCCCACCGCCCCCCUGCACCUCCACCCUCACCAAACGCCGACGAACCAUCACAAACAGUGCUGGCCCACUGCGCCGACGCAGACGGCCUAUCCUACGCCUGGCUCACCGUCCACGACAACGUCUGCAGCGAAGGCUUCGUCGGGCUAGCAGUGGAGAUGGGUGGCGCCGGGGGGGGGGAAGCGGUGGGGAAUAAAGGGGAGAUGAGGAGGAAAAUGAAGAAAAUAGGGGUGAAGAGGGAUGGUGACGGUGAGGAGGAAGAAGAAGAAGAGGAGGAGGAGGAGGGUAUGGUGGAUACUUCGCAGGAAACGCUGGUCAAUGCCGUCGCCGACGGAGACCAGGGGCAGGAAGAGGACGGAGAUGGAGACGGAGAGGGCGAAAUUGGAUAUUUCCAACGCGGAGACGGGACGAGAGUGCACGGGUCGAUCAGGUUCAGGGUGGUGGACUGUGAGAUCGUGCCGGGCCAUGAUCGGGAGAGCUGGUCCCUGCAGAUCGAGGGGACGCUUCUCAGCGUGGACAAGGAGGAGAGCGUGCUGCAGGAGGAACGGCAGAAGGUCUUGAGGAGGCAAGGAAAGGCGGUCAUGAGUGGUGGAUUGGGUUCGGGGCCUGGUAGCGAUAGGAAUGGCCAUGUGCUGAGCAAAAGCUAG